AUGUCUUUCAAAGUUGUACUUGCUUUAGUUCUCGUGGCCACAGUUACAGCAGGUUAUGUUCCCCUGCAGCAUCUAAAAGUUUAUCAUUCUGAAUCUGUCUAUCAUGCUGCUCCAGUACAUCAAGAUGAAGCUAUACCCCAUAAGGUUUACACCAAAACUGUUGAAGAAUACGAUCCACAUCCUCAAUACAAAUUCUCUUAUGGUGUAGAUGAUAAGAUAACUGGCGACUCAAAGUCUCAGUAUGAGGAACGUGAUGGUGAUGUAGUACAUGGUCAAUACUCUUUAAUUGAUGCCGAUGGCUACAAACGUACUGUGACUUACACAGCUGAUGAUCACAAUGGCUUCAAUGCCGUUGUACAUCGUGAACCUUUGGUUAAAGAAGCUCAUGUUGCACCUGUUCCUGAUAAUAUCCAUUAUACCCAUGUUCCCGAUAUAGUCAAUUAUCAAAAAGCUGCUCCUUCUUAUUAUAAGUACCAUCAUUAA